AUGGCUGCCACACGAGCUUCUGGACUGCUGAACUCCCAGCUUCGCAGCGCUUCCUGCAUCACAUCUGUUGGACGCAGAGCUGGUGCUGCAUCGGCUGUGGGACUGUCUACACGAUUGAGCAUUCCUGCGACAAGGACGACAACCAGAAUGGCGACUUUUGCUGCCUUCAAGGUGCCCAAGGUGGCCAACGAGCCCAACCAACACUACGCCAAAGGCUCAGCGCAGCGCGAGGGCCUGACUGCUGCGAUCGAGACACUCAACAAGCAGGUUCCUUUGGAGGUGCCAAUUGUCGUUGGUGGAAAGGAGAUCAAGACAGGUAGCGUUGGAAAGCAGUUCAACCCCGCAGACCAUGGUACCACCGUCGCGAAGUACCAUCAGGCAUCGCCAUCCGAUGUCCAGGCCGCAAUCAAGUCUGCCCUUGCGGCCAAGCCCGCAUGGGAGUCGCUUCCUUUCGCCGACCGCGCUGCCGUCUUUCUAAAGGCCGCCGACCUUAUCUCUACCAAAUAUCGCUAUGACAUCAUGGCUGCGACCAUGAUCGGCCAGGGCAAGAACGCUUGGCAGGCCGAGAUCGAUGCCGCCGCCGAGCUGGCCGACUUCUUGCGCUUCAACGUUCAGUACGCCGAAGAGCUGUACGCCCAACAGCCAGUGCACAACUCUCCCAAUGUCUGGAACAGAGUCGAGUACAGGGCUCUGGAGGGUUUCGUGUACGCCGUCAGCCCAUUCAACUUCACAGCCAUCGCCGGUAACCUGCCCGGUGCUCCCGCCCUUCUCGGCAACGUCGUUGUCUGGAAACCAAGUGACUCUGCCAUUCUGUCGAACUGGUUGGUGUACAACAUCCUGAUUGAGGCCGGUUUGCCGCGCGACGUUAUCCAAUUCGUGCCCGGCAAUCCCGAAGAGGUCACCAAGGUGGUUCUGGAGCACAGGCAGUUCGCAGCUCUGCACUACACUGGUAGCACUGCUGUUUUCCGUAAGCUGUAUGGUGCUAUUGGCGCUGGUGUCGCCGAGGGCCGUUACCAAUCGUACCCGAGAAUCGUUGGCGAGACGGGAGGCAAGAACUUCCACCUCAUCCACCCGUCUGCGGAUAUCGACAACGCUGUCAAGCAGACUAUUCGCGGAGCUUUUGAGUUUCAGGGUCAGAAGUGCAGUGCAACUUCAAGAGCCUAUGUCCCCAAGUCGGUUUGGCCCAAGUUCAAGGAGGGCUUGGUCAACGAGGUGAACAAGAUCACCAUCGGCAACCCUGCUGACCACGGCAACUUUAUGGGCCCUGUCAUCCACGAUGCUUCGUUCAAGAAGUUGUCCGGUGUGAUUGAUGACGCCAAGAACGAUAAGGAACUCACCCUUGUCGCGGGCGGCAAGUAUGAUAAGUCCAAGGGCUUCUUCGUGCACCCUACCAUCUACGAGACGACCAACAAGAACCACAAGCUGUUGUCGACAGAGCUCUUCGGACCCGUGCUCACCAUUUACGUUUACGAUGAUACCACAAACCCCGUCGGCGCCUUCUCCGAGGUCUGCGACUUGGUCGACUCGACUGGUGAGUAUGGCCUGACUGGCUCCAUCUUCGCCGCAGACCGGGCGGCGGUGCAGUUCGCUGAGGAUAAGCUGCGCAACUCUGCGGGCAACUUCUACAUUAACUGCAAGAGCACUGGCGCAGUCGUUGGUCAGCAGCCCUUCGGUGGUGGCAGAGCCAGUGGUACGAACGACAAGGCGGGUAGCCAAAACCUGCUCAGCCGUUUUGUCAGCUUGAGGAGUAUCAAGGAGGAGUUCUUGGCGACAACGAAGGUCAUCUAUCCCAGCAACGAGGUAUAA